AUGUCCCUGGGAUCCUUCACCCGCCGCUUCGCCCACGAGAUUGGCUCUCCUCUCUACCGCUCACUCUCUGCGGCGGUCUCGCCGAGGCCCGAGGGCUCCGAGGCAGCUCGGGCCCCCACCUCGCCAGUCUCGCUCGGCCCAAACCGGCCGGGUGGAGCGGCGGGAUGGAGCAUUGCAGCCGAUCGGGACGGUGCUGUCACGGAGCUGUGCGGCGGCGCCAGCUCGAAGCGGUUUACGCGGAACCUGUCAAGUGGGGGCCUCGAUUCAGCGAUCGCGGGCCUGUGCAAGGCAGGCCUGGAGGAGCGCGAGGCGGCAUCUGCAGAUCGAUAG